GAUAUUAGUUGUACUGUAAAGACGCGGUCCCACUGGCCUUCCAUCUUUCGCUGUAAGCUGCGUUGUUUGUUGUUUGUAAUUUAAUUGCGAAAAGUAAUAAAACAGUGCACAGAACUCCGCCGCGUAAACAGAUCCAGUCCAGUCCCGAAGCAAUCCGAGUUUUGAGAAAAUGUCGGCCAAGCGCAAGGCAGGUGGCAACGGAGCCGGCCCCAACAAGCGGCGGCCGAAGAAGAAGGAGUCGGACUACGAGGACGAGUUCAGCGACGAGUCCAACGAGGACGGCGUGCACCAGCAGGCGGCGGCCGCCAACCAAAUGGAGGUGCUCAUCCCCCACGACGACCUUGAUCCGCCCAGCAAGCUGCCUGAGGACUUGCUGGCCACGCUGGAGAAGACCCCGGGCCAGAUGCUGCUCGCAGGCAUGGUGACCUGGGACCUGACCGGCAAACGGGACCGCAAAAACGUUACAAAGGUCCGCCCGAACCUAUACAGUUUUCACCGGUUCACGGAUGAGAAGUAUCGCUAUGUGGCCAGCGGACCAAGUGCCGCCCACACCAUUGUCGUCAACAUGGACCGCAAGGCACUCGGCUUCGGGCGCAAUCCCAGCGGGCAGCUGGGCCUCAGCCAGGACAUCAAGCUGGCGGAGAAGCCCACGCUCAUUCCGGCCCUGGAGCAGCUGAACGUGGUGCAGGCAGCUGUUGGCCGGCACCACACUCUAUUUCUCACCGACACGGGUACCGUGUACGCCUGCGGCGAGAACAAGUCUGGCCAGUGCGGCGUGGGCAACACCCACGCCAACAUCUAUUCGCCUACGCCGAUCAACUACCGUGGGCCGCCCAUAAUCCGGAUCGGGUGCGGGGCCGAGUUCUCGGUCAUUCUGGACAUUAAGGGAAGCCUGCACACGUUUGGGCUGCCAGAGUACGGCCAGCUGGGCCACAACACGGACGCAAAGUACUUUGUAAACGCCAACAAGCUGUCAUUCCACUUCGAGACGUCGCCCAAGAAAGUGGUGCUGUACAUAGAGAAAAGCAAGGAGGGCCAUGUGACGCCAGUCGAUGGUGUGCAGAUCGUGGACUUUGCUUGCGGCAACAACCACACGGUGGCCAUCGACUCGAAGAAGCGCGUUUACAGUUGGGGCUUUGGAGGUUUUGGGCGCCUUGGUCACGCCGAGCCCAAGGACGAGAUGGUACCGCGACUAAUGAAGUUCUUCGAUACCCAAGGAAGGGGUGGGCGCAGCGUAUACUGUGGGUCUACUUUUAGUUUGAUCGUCAACGAACUUGGCCUGCUCUUUCUAUUUGGGCAGAAUAAGAAGACUGGAGAGGCCAAUAUGUACCCCAAGCCAGUACAAGACCUGUCCGGCUGGAACAUUACCGACAUUGGCUGUGCCAACACAUCGAUAAUGAUUUCAGCCGACGACACAUUGAUCGCCUGGGGGGCAUCGCCCACGUUCGGAGAGCUGGGCAUCGGGGAGUUUCAGAAGUCGUCGACGGUGCCCAAGGAGGUCCCAAAGUUGGACAACAUGAAAAUACCUCAGGUGACUAUGGGUUACUCGCACACGGCGUUGCUGGUGGACACCAGCCACGAGGCCACCAAGCAAAAGUACGACAAGAUGCCCGAGUACACAAUCGACAAUUAGAUGAUGGGCUGGAUUUUCCAUAAGCAAUCAAAUGCUGCUACAAACAAGUAUACCGCUGCCAACAACAAUACUGAUCCAUGUAGGAAACCCUGAGAACUGAUCAUCGAAACUCUGCUGCUACUUAUAGAAAGUGAAACUAAACAAAUCCAGAAAAUUGUAUGCUAUAAGUUAAAAGUUCAUUAUUACACUAAACUCGCUAUCUACAUACUAUACAAUAAUCUCAAAAUACGGAUAGAAUCUAUUUGGUUUCCAAACUCUAAUUUAUUCUCGUAACUGAUACAAUUUUAUCCUUAACCUUUUCCCUUUUUCUAUAAUUUAUUGCCGCCCACCUUUAGGCUUACAGUCGAUUCCACAAAAUGUAUGUUUACCCAUUUGUAAUUUUUAAUUUACACGUAACAACAGUAUUCUGCAUUCAUUUCGAACAGAGUGAACAAAAGCAAACAACAAACUAUAAAACACGUAAAUCUACGAUCUAAGCGCAUAGGUUACAUAUAUAAAGUAUACCAUGGAAUGAAUCCAAUACCAGUUGCAACUAUUAACUAGUACAUCAUGCAUUUUAAUCAUAUACAAAAGAAUAUUUAAAUAAAAAAGAGUGUUAGUAUUUA